UGUUAGGGGAGGAGAGGACGUCAUAUUGAGGAAACGAAACCAAAGAGCUGUUCUCCCGUUCAGGAGAAAAUAAAUCGCAUUUUGGGACAAAAAGUCUGACAAUAAGAACAAGAAUGGCCUGUGCUAACGCUUCGUGGUCUGAAGAAAACUUUUCAUGUUCCAUCUGUCUGGAUGUGUUCAACAGUCCAGUUUCCACCGCAUGUGGACACAACUUCUGCAGAACCUGUAUUACAAAGUUCUGGGAUGAACAAGUCCAGUACAAAUGUCCUGUUUGCAACAAGCUUUUCAACACAAGACCUGAUCUUCAGGUCAAUACCUUCUUAUCAGAGCUGGCUGCUCAGAUUAGAACAACCGUACGAGUAAAAGAGCAGCCUUGUGUCGAACCAGCAGAAGUUCCCUGUGACGUCUGUACUGGGACCCAGCAGAAGGCUGUGAAGUCCUGCCUAAUGUGUUUUACCUCUUACUGCCAAACCCACCUGGAGCCCCAUCAGGUAGUCGCUCGCCUGCAGAAACAUCGGCUGGUCGAGCCUAUGGACCGUCUGGAAGACAUGAUGUGUAAGAAACACGAACGACUUCUGGAGCUCUUCUGCCAGACUGAACAGGUGUGUGUGUGUCAGUUCUGCACAGAGGGUGACCACAAGUCCCAUCCUGUUGUACCUCUAAAGGAGGAAUAUGAAGUGAAGACGGCCCAGCUGGGGAAGAUAGAGGCUGACGUUCAGCAAAUGAUCCAGGAGAGAAAACAAAUGAUUAAGGAGAUCAAAGACACAGUAGAACUGAGCAACAAAGACGCAGACAGAGGGAUAGCCCAUGGUGGGCAGGUCUUUACUGCUCUGAUAGGCUGUGUUGAAAAGGGCCGGGAUGAAUUCAACCAAACGGUGAAAGAGAAACUGAAAUCCACAGUGAAACGAGCUGAAGACCUCAUCAAAGAGCUGGAGCAGGAAAUAGAAGAUCUGACCAAUAGAAGCUCAGAGGUGAAGCGGCUCUCACACACUGAAGACCACCUCCACUUCCUCCAGUCCUUCAGAUCCCUGAAGGAUCCUCCACCCACCAGGGACUGGACCACGGUGGAGGUCCAUCCUCCGUCAUACAUAGGGACCUUGAGGAGAUCCCUGGAUCAGCUGGAGGAGACACUGAACAUGGAGAUGAAGAAGCUGCGUGAUGAUGCUAAACUGAAGAGGGUCCAGAAGUAUGAAGUAGAUGUGACUCUGGAUCCUGAUACAGCUCACCCCAAGCUCAUCCUGUCGGAGGAUGGGAAACAAGUACAUGAUGGAGUUGUGUGGAAGAAACUCCCAGACAACCCUAAGAGAUUUACAAGGUAUAGAUUUGUUCUCACGAGGCAGAGCUUCUCCUCAGGGAGAUUUUACUUUGAGGUCCAGGUUAAAGACAACACUGACUGGUGGUUAGGAGUGGCCAGAGAGUCCAUCGACAGAAAAGGUGAGACAGAGGUGAUCCCUGAGACGGGUUACUGGAUUCUUUACUACAACGAGUAUGGGUUGGUAUUUAAUGAUUUCCCUGAUGUCGAUCUCCCUCUGAGAGCUGGGCUCCAGAAGGUGGGGGUGUUUGUUGAUUAUGAUGAGGGUCUGGUCUCCUUCUAUGAUGUGGAAGCCAGGGUUCAUAUCUACUCUGCUACUGGCUGCACCUUCACUGAGCCUCUCUAUCCAAUCCUCGAUCCAUGUGAUCAUGAAAAAGGUAGAAACUCUUUCCCCCUGAUCAUCUCACCUGUCAAUCAAACCCGGAGGGGGGGGGGGGCGGGGUCUCCGGCCGGAUCCCGGGACACAGACGGAGCUGACAGAGGACUCAGCUCGUCUCGAGGUGUUGAGCGCUCCGACCACAGCUCCCCCCGUAUCUCCUCCUCCUGCAGGACCCGCCUGACGACCUACAGCACAGCCGACUUUGACGCUCUGUACGAGGAGCUGCAGCAGCUGGGACAGGGAGGCUUCGGGAGUGUCUUUGCUGGCUGCCGGAAAGAGGACCGUCUGCCUACGGUUGAAGGGCGGCUGACGGACUUCCCGCUGGAGGUGUCUUUGAUGCUGAGGGCCGCUGAAGACCGCCCGGACCUGGGGGGCCCCGGUGUCGUGGUCCUCCUGCUGGACUGGUUCCAGCUGGACCAGGAGCUGAUCCUGGUCCAGGAGAGACCCAGCGCCUGCGUGGAUCUCCUCUCCUACAUGGACAGCAAGGGGGGCAGGCUGCAGGAGCAGGACGCUAAGAUGGCCUGUGCUAACACUUCCUGGUCUGAAGAGAACUUUUCAUGUUCCAUCUGUCUGGAUGUGUUCAACAGUCCAGUUACCACCGCAUGUGGACACAACUUCUGCAGAACCUGUAUUACAAAGUUCUGGGAUGAACAAGUCCAGUACAAAUGUCCUGUUUGCAAUGAGAUUUUCCAUACAAGACCUGAUUUACGGGUCAAUACCUUCUUAUCAGAGCUGGCUGCUCAGAUUAGAACAACCGUACGAGUAAAAGAGCAGCCUUGUGUUGAACCAGCAGAAGUUCCCUGUGACUUCUGUACUGGGACCCAGCAGAAGGCUGUGAAGUCCUGCCUAGUGUGUUUUACCUCUUACUGCCAAACCCACCUGGAGCCACAUCAGAGAGUCGCUCGCCUGCAGAAACAUCGGCUGGUCGAGCCUAUGGACCGUCUGGAAGAUAGGAUGUGUAAGAAACACGACAGACUUCUGGAGCUCUUCUGCCAGACUGAACAGGUGUGUGUGUGUCUGUUGUGCACAGUGACAGACCACAAGUCCCAUCCUGUUGUACCUCUGAAGGAGGAAUAUGAAAUGAAGACGGCCCAGCUGGGGAAGAGAGGGGCUGAAGUUCCACAGAAGAUCCAGGAGAGAAAACAAAAGAUUAAGGAGAUCAAAGACACAGUGGAACUGAGCAACAAAGACGCAGACAGAGAGAUAGCCCAUGGUGGGCAGGUCUUCACUGCUCUGAUAGGCUGUGUUGAAAAGGGCCAGGAUGAAUUCAACCAAACGGUGAAAGAGAAACUGAAAUCCACAGUGAAACGAGCUGAAGACCUCAUCAAAGAGCUGGAGCAGGAAAUAGAAGAUCUGACCAAUAGAAGCUCAGAGGUGAAGCGGCUCUCACACACUGAAGACCACCUCCACUUCCUCCAGACCUUCAGAUCCCUGAAGGAUCCUCCACCCACCAGGGACUGGACCACGGUGGAGGUCCGUCCUCCGUCAUACGUAGGGACCUUGAGGAGAUCCCUGGAUCAGCUGGAGGAGACACUGAACAUGGAGAUGAAGAAGCUGAGUGAUGCUGAACUGAAGAGGGUCCAGCAGUAUGAAGUAGAUGUGACUCUGGAUCCUGAUACAGCUACUCCUGAGCUCAUCCUGUCUGAGGAUGGGAAACAAGUACAUGAUGGAGGUGUAGUGAAGAUACUCCCAGACAACCCUAAGAGAUUUAAAUACAAUGCAUUUGUUCUCACGAGGCAGAGCUUCUCCUCAGGGAGAUUUUACUUUGAGGUCCAGGUUAAAGACAAGACUAACUGGUGGUUAGGAGUGGCCAGAGAGUCCAUCGACAGAAAAGUUAGCUCCACUUUGACCCUUGAGACGGAAUACUGGACUCUUUGGUACAUCAAUGAUGGGUUGAUAUUACUUAGUGAUAACCCUUUUGUCCUUCUCCCUCUGAGAGCUGCGCUCCAGAAGGUGGGGGUGUUUGUUGACUAUGAUGAGGGUCUGGUCUCCUUCUAUGAUGUGGAAGCCAGGGUUCAUAUCUACUCUGCUACUGGCUGCACCUUCACUGAGCCUCUCUAUCCAAUCCUCAGUCCAUGUGAUCAUAAAGAAGGUAGAAACUCUGCCCCCCUGAUCAUCUCACCUGUCAAUCAAACAGACUAGGACCUUUGUUUGAUAAUAAAAUAAUCAAACGACCAAAACAACUAACGUUGUUUCCUGAACUAGAAUAGAAUCUCUACUAUGUGAAACCUUAAAGAUAUAGCAUUUGUUGCGUAGAACAUGUUUAGAGAAUUAACUUGUAUAAGUAAUAAUUUGAUUUUCUAUUGGUUUUAACUUCUGAAUAUUGAAUGAUGAAACAAUUCAAUGUUCUUACACGUGAUUUUAAUAAAAAAUAAAUGGCAAAUAUUGUAAUGCGUAGGCCAACAUUAUCAUUGUAAUGGAUCAUUUCAGGGGAAUAGAUACAUUCCAGUCAAAUAGUGUUCAGUAUAAAUACUGUUUCUGUAAAAAUAAGUGUAAUACAAAAAAUAAAAUUGUUUAUUCCUAAAACCCUUAUUUUGAUUAUUUCGAGAUUGAUGGAACGUUUCAAAUCAUUGAAGAAAUGUAAACGUUUUGGUUGAUGAACCAUUAAAUAAAUCUCCAAUAUACAACAGCCCAACAUGUGUUACACAAAGGUCACAGUGACUACAUGUAAAGAUACUCCCCAUGUGUGGGAGUACUGUCGCUUUGUCUUGUCAGCUCUCCUCUCUCCAUCCUCUCC